AUGAGUGGUGCUGGUUUAGUUAUGCUACAUCCUUAUGGUAAUAAAGAUUUAACUUAUCUUAUACAUGAAUUAAUGGACAAAGAUGUUACUUUUCUGGAUGCUGUACCAAGUUAUCUUGAUACAUUAUGUCAACAUCUUGAAAUACAAAAUGCAAAAGAAUGUUUAAAGAAAUUGCGAACAUUGUGUAGUGGAGGUGAUGUUCUAACAAAUCAAAUAAUGUCUCGUCUGAAAAAGUAUGUAUCUAUACCAUCAUUAUCAUCGCCGAUUGGCUGUCAACUAUGGAAUGUGUAUGGGCCAGCUGAAGUAACAAUUACUACAACAUAUUUUCAAAUAGGAUUCAAUUUUGAUUGUGAUAAACAAGUAAUGUCGAUUGGAAAACCACUUCCUAAUUAUCACUGUGUAAUUAUGGAUGAAUAUUUCCAAUUUGCUGCUGUUAAUCAAGAAGGUGAAUUAUUUGUUGGUGGUGCAUGUGUAUUUGCCGGAUAUUUUGGUCGUAAUGAUUUGACAGCAAAAGCUCUUGUUGAAAUAGAUGGCGAACUAUUUUAUCGAACAGGUGAUCUUAUUAGAAUGAAUCACAACGGUCUUCUUCAUUAUAUCAGUCGAAAAGAUUUUCAAGUUAAAUUACGUGGACAACGAAUUGAACUUGGUGAAAUCGAACGAUGUUUACUUAACAUUACAUCCAUCUCUGCUUGUGUUGUCAUGAAAUGGAUUGAUGAUUAUUUAGUUGCAUAUAUUCAAAGUUCUGAUAUUAGUGAACAAGAAUUGUGUGAACAUUGUCAACCUCAUCUUCCACCACAUAUGAUCCCAUCCAUAUUUAUUAUUCUUGAAAAACUACCUUUGAACCAAAAUGGAAAAAUCGAUCGAAAACAACUUCCUUCACCCAACUUUUCUUUACCGACUUUGUUGUCGCCCGAUAAGUCUGAUACUCCUUUCAAUCAGUUUGAAGAACGUAUACAUACUAUUUGGUGUCAAGUUCUUCAUUCUAAUCAAAAUCAUAUUUCUAGAACUACCAGUUUUUUCAGUGUUGGUGGUCAUUCACUGUUGUUUAUUCAACUUUAUCAUCAUUAUCAAUCAGUAUUUAACUUUGAUGCUCAUUCACUUUCGAUUGCGCCAUUUCUCCAGCAACCCACUAUUUGUCAACAUUCACAAUUACUUCAGACAGUCAUAAUGAAUAAUACCAAGCCAACACAAUGGCACACAUUACAUAUUAAUGAAGGUAUUGCCUCUUUUGCUCAGGAACGUAUAUUUCUUGAUGAACAAGUUCGCUUUUCGAGUGAUAUUGCUGUCUAUAAUGAAGUAUCUACGUUACAAGUUGUCCAAGGAUCAUUAUCGUUAAAUCGUUUAUUACAAGCAUUUCGAUUUGUUUUGAAUAAACAUAAAAUACUACGUACAUCUCUUAUGUUUCACAAUAAUAAUAGUAGUUUAAAACAAUGUAUUACAAACAUACAUAAAACAUUCGCAAUAACUAUAAAUCAAACAUUUGAAAAUGAAAAGGAACUUCGAGAUAUCAUUUAUAGAACAACUACUAAUCCAAAUCUCUUCGAUUUAUCGACUGGUCGUGUUUUUCAUACUGAAAUUCUGAGACAUCAAACAUCAUUAAAUGAAAAUGAAAAUCAUAACAAUGAGGUCGUAAUGAAUUCAGAUGUUCUCCUCAUUGCUUUUCAUCAUACAGCAUUUGACCGAGCAAGUCGUUCAAUCUUUUUCAAUGAUCUAUGUUUCGCUUAUAAUACUAAUGCAAUAUCAACAGAAGACGAUGACGAAUCAUUGCAAUAUAUUGAUUAUAGUAUACAUGAACGGCUAAUUGAUAUGACAACAUCUCGUGAAUUUUGGUAUUUACAGUUAGAAGAAUACAAUCUAGACUCUCGAUUGUUAUUACCAGUUGAUCGACAUCGUUCGUUAAAUGGGCA